CACACUGAGCUUUGGCUUUAAACAUAACUAGACAUCAAGAGCUUCACUGCACUCUGCUCACCUCAGACUAACUUCAGCAAAGAGAAUUAAUUGCUUUCAAGUCACAUUUAUUUUUAAUCAGAAUGGAUUAUAUUUGGAGUGCCUGGGAAUACAUUCGAUGGUUUGGAAAGCCUCCAUUAAAGCAACCAUGGAGAGAUGUGCCGUGGGGUCGCAGAAGAGAAAACCUUCAGAAGGUGAAGGACUACAAACCACAUUCAGAAGCUCAACAUCUCAGAGUUCUUCUCCAUGGACCAGCAGGCUCUGGAAAGUCCAGCUUCAUCAACUCUGUUGACAGCGCUCUGCGAGGAAAAACCACAACUCGAGCUUUGGCAGCCACUGCCUAUGAUGGCAGCUUCACCAACACAUACAAUAGUUUCAGGAUCCAGAGAGACAGGCCUGGAUCCCAUUAUCUCCUUGUCUUCAGUGACACCAUGGGUAUUGAGAGGGGCUCUGGGACAGGAGCUGAAGUGAAUGAAAUCAAACUGAUCCUGGAAGGACGCAUCAGAGAAGGAUUCAAGUUCAAUUCCGGCAGUCCACCAAGUGCUCAAUUCUACAAUGCAAAUCCCACCAUAAAUGACAAAGUUCAUGUUCUGGUUUGUGUCAUUCCUGCCUCCAUGUUAGACCUGAUGGAUGAAAGGUCAUUUCGCAAGAUAAAAGAUGUCAGGGACGACGCCAGUGAGUUAGGAAUUCCCCAAGUCGCGAUCCUCACCAAAAUUGAUGAAGCCUGUAAUGUUGUCCAAUACAAUUUGCAAUAUGUCUACAGGAGCUAUUGGCUGAAAAAGCAGAUGGAAAAAGUGAGUGUGACGACAGGAAUUCCAAUGCACUGCAUCUUCCCAGUGAGGAACUACAGCUCAGAAAUCGAAACAGAUGAUGACAUGGAUUCACUGAUACUGAGCACAAUGAGGAAGAUCAUUGACUACGGAGAAGACUUCCUGAAUGAUCAGUCUGCUGCAGGCGAUGAUGGCACUCAGGAAAUUGCCCUGAAUCAAAACAUGGAACAUGCUUGACAGCAGCGAUCAUAAAAACUGACAUUUAACCCCUGGGUUUUUACUUCUUCAGAGGUCAGACCAAAGUGUUGUCCCCUUUGAUAUCUUUUUUUCCUGUGUGUUUUUUUUUUGUAUUGAAUUAAGAUUGUGCUCUUAAUGAAGUCUCUUUUGUUCUGUUGAUAAGCACAUUCUGUUCUACCUCUAUUGUGUUCACCACACCUGGUUUCAGUGUGUGCUGUUGACAGUUCUCGGCUUUGUAGACUCACCCUUUAUUCUCAUAUUUAUGUAAUGAACUUCAGGGUUGCUGUUCAUGGCUAAUAUCAGAUGGCUUAUCAUCUUUUCCUUUUUCUCACCAUAAGUUUUCUACAUCCUGGCAUGGAAACAUAAUCCACGUCAGCCACUUUCGUUUUUAAUGAAGCCUGUUGGACCAGAUCCUCAUCUUUGUCAAAUAAACUUGUUUGAAUUGUGCC